UUUUGUAAUUUUGAUGUGAUCACUUCAACAUACCCUGCUUUUCUUCUCAUGUUGUCAUGGUGAUUCAGUGGUUGUUGGCUGUACGUCUUCUCCUGUCCUUGUCGUCUGCUUUGGCGACAUCUCUGAACUCCAGGGACAGACAAGCCUUUGGUUUGUGUUUUGAGGAGGACUGUCGAUCGGCUCAUUUUAGUUAUAAUGCUUCUGGAUGUCAUGGCCCUUCCGAAUGGCACUUGGUCACACCAUGUUGGCACGAAUGCGGCAGUACGAACCAAUCACCGAUAAACAUUGAAACACAGAACACCGAAUACAUGCCACAAACCGUAUUACAUUUCGUAAAUCUGUGUACUAGAGUUCCGGGGAAAAUACGAAACAAUGGUCACUCUCCCCACUUCAGUACGGACACCCGGAUUAUUUCCCUUACCAAUGUCCCACAACGAGGCUCUGACAGAUACAUAUUUGAGGAGAUACAUUUCCAUAUAGGAAAACAUGAGACUCGAGGCUCAGAACACUCUAUUGAUGGAGAAUUUUACCCAAUGGAGGCUCAUGUUGUGUUCUUCAAUGACAAGUACAAAGGCAUUGCCGACGCCAAAGAAAAAGGAGAUGGGCUUGUGGUCAUUGCUAUCAUGGUGGAGAUUGAUGACGAUGAAGACCAAGAAAGUACACUACAGACAAGGAUUCCUAGAUAUGAGACGAACCUGAAUUUCAAUAAAACCUGUCCGUGUGUUGGGAAUAGUGAUGAGUGUUAUCGGAAUUAUUGCUUCUGUCGUCUGAAAAAGGCCAAGCUGAUGAGUACGUUGAUGGAGAAAUAUUUCUACGAUGUACGUGAAUAUAUCCCACCCAAAAAGGACGAGAAGCGGGAUUUCGUUCAUCUGACUGAGUAUAUCUCUCCUAUGGACGUUAUGCCCCAUGAUUGGAGUUUUUACAUGUAUGAUGGAUCGCUAACCACGCCUCCCUGCCAUCGCCAUACUCGCUGGAUCAUCAUGCGCUGUCCCAUCCGAGUCUCACGUGAGGCCUUCGAGAUGUAUCGAGUGGUUCAGGACGUCCAUAAUGUUCCGCUGAUUAAGAAUGGACUUCGUCGCCCGAUACAAAAGAAUAGACUACAUGUGUAUAGAAACUUUUACUGGAGUGACGUAGGACAAGAGACGGAUUAUUGUCCCGAUGAACAUUGAUUGCGUCUCCAGUAUAGUGCCAUAUUCUUUUUAUACAUCAACUGCCAUGGAUCUAUUUUAUUUUAUCAUAUCAUAGUGGACAAACAAAACUACACAGCGUUUUGAAUAACAAUUGAUUUUAUUUUAGAUGUAAACCAUUCAGAAUAAAACAUGGACUUAAACAACAAUUAAAACCUUACAAAUAGUACUAUGCAUUGGAUUCUUAUGUCACAUUUCAACAUAUCACAGUACAUAACAUCCAAAAUCAUUAACAACAUAUAGUAAUCAGUACACAUCAUUUAAAACACCCUUGUAUGCAUUUGAUCUCUCCAUUGCUCCAUAUCAUAUGGAGUUCUUCCGAACAAGGAAGGUAAUAUUAGUCUCAUUCUAGAAUUAUUUCCCAUUGCAA